AUGAUUCUAUCUGGCCAUUCUCGGAGGCUAACCACGAUGCUACCAUCGUGCUCUUAUGUAAUUGGAACACAACAACAGCAUUCUAGAUUUAUUCCACUCACAAACUCCAGAAGAAACAUCAGUCAAUUACCUGCGGCCCUAACUCCGUUUUUCCAAUAUGCUUCCGAUUGUAACUUGACACAAGGCAUUGAAGCAGGAAUGAUGGCCAUACAUGGAUCAGGGUUACCUUGGGCAUCCACUUUCAUUGCUACAGGUCUUGCUCUGAGGCUUCUCACAGCUCCUCUUCAUAUUUAUUCUGAAAAGUUAUUAGCAAGCAGAACACACGCUCAAAGUCUUUUUACUCAUGGAUUGCUGAAGAAAGUGGGCGAACAGUAUAAGGUUGAAAUAGUCCAGAAUGCUAAAACAAGACAACUUGAGUUGAAAACAGAUAAUGCUAAGAUCACUUCUGUGGCUAAUAAAGCGUUAUCUGAGCAUGUACCUAUGUUGUUAUCUGAACACAACCUUCAAGCGUCGCGUAUCCAAAAUCUCAAAAUUUGCACAGUUCCAGUUUGGAUAUUCUCUUCUUUCGCGUUGAGGAAUGUAAUUAGCGCUGAUUUCCAUCCCAGCAUACCGGGUGCUUUAUGGGUGCCUGAUCUCCUUGUUCCUGAUCCCUACUUCAUCAUCCCUAUCGCAGUCGGAGCCUUUGGUUUUCUGAAUAUUUACUCGCAAAGAAAAAUCUAUCCUGUUGUUCAAAAGAAUUUCCGCACGAAGACAUACGAUGUCUUCCUGGCUUCGUUCACUCUAUUUGCAGUUGUAAUUAUGUCGAAUCUCCCUGCAGUUAUACCUCUAUAUUGGCUAGUCGUCUCCACAACCGGUAUGCUUCAAUCACAGAUCCUCCGACAUCCAACCAUAAAAAAGCUAGUUGGUAUUAAGCCGAUGCCAACGGAUUCUAGGACACCUUUCCGAGAUUUAUUUUUCAAUCGUUCAAAGCUCAAUAGGUAG